AUGCAGCCUGCUUCCAAGACUCCUACCCACUCCAAGGUGAUCAUCAUUGGAUCCGGCCCUGCCGGCCACACCGCUGCCGUUUACCUUGCCCGUGCCAACCUCAUGCCCGUCAUGUUCGAGGGCAUGAUGGCCAACGGUUUCGCUCCCGGUGGACAGCUCACCACCACCACCGACGUCGAGAACUACCCAGGUUUUCCUGAGGGAAUCAUGGGUGGUGAGAUGAUGGACAAGUUCCGUGAGCAGUCUGUCCGUUUCGGAACCGAGAUCCACACCGAGACCAUCGGCAAGGUCGACUUGACUACCCAGCCCAUCAAGCUCUGGCGCGAGGGCGAGGAGGACAACGAGGAGCCUACCGAUACCGCCAACUCUGUCAUCAUUGCCACUGGUGCCUCUGCCAAGCGCAUGAACUUGCCCGGCGAGGAGACCUACUGGCAGGCCGGUAUCUCCGCCUGCGCUGUCUGCGAUGGUGCUGUCCCUAUCUUCAGAAACAAGCCCUUGGCUGUCGUUGGAGGCGGUGACUCCGCCGCUGAGGAGGCCGUCUACCUCACCAAGUAUGCCUCGCACGUCUACGUUUUGGUCCGCCGUGACAAGCUUCGUGCCUCCAAGGUCAUGGCCAACCGUCUCUCGAGCCACCCCAAGGUCACCAUUCUCUACAACACCGCCCCUAUCGAGUGCAAGGGUGACGGCAAGUUGCUCGGCUCUCUCGUCCUCCAGGACACCGUCACCAAGGAGACCCGCUCGUUGGAUGUCAACGGUCUCUUCUACGCCAUUGGCCACGUCCCCGCCACUGCCCUGUUCAAGGGUCAGUUGAACUUGGAUGAGGAUGGUUACAUCAAGACCAUCCCUGGCUCGACCGAGACCAACAUCCCCGGUGUCUUUGCUGCCGGUGAUGUCCAGGACAAGAAGUACCGCCAAGCCGUCACCUCUGCCGGAACUGGAUGCAUGGCCGCCCUCGACUCUGAGAGAUGGUUGGAGGAGCACUACCCUGAGCAGCACUAA